AUGUCGAACGUUAAAUACUUUACUUUCUUUCUAUUGCCGGGGUUCAUAGAUUGUUUUCUCAUGUUCAUUCUUUCCCACCGUCCCCCCGCCCGCCCCGGUCCCCGCCCGCUUCAACAACCUCGAAUCACUCGAAUCACUCGCUACAUUCAUUCAUUUCUUCCCACGAGUAAAAAGAAACCCGUUUCGAAUUUCGACAGGAAUAACGGAGUUUACCGUCCCGAAAUCUCGCUUUUCCAAGCUCUACAGCAUCAUCCUUCCAACGCACGCGCCCGCAGUGGCUGCACAGCAAUGUCCCCUAGCCCUAGAUACCCUUGGUAG